CCGGCCCCCGCGGGCCCUGCCCGACCCCCGCGGCCCCGCCGCGCCAGAGCGGGCGCCGCCCGCGCCCCGCCAUGUCGUGCGUGCAUUACAAGUUCUCCUCCAAGCUCAACUAUGACACGGUCACCUUCGACGGGCUGCACAUCUCGCUGAGCGACCUCAAGCGCCAGAUCAUGGGCCGGGAGAAGCUGAAGGCGGCCGACUGCGACCUGCAGAUCACCAACGCGCAGACCAAAGAAGAAUACACCGAUGAUACUGCUCUGAUUCCCAAGAACUCAUCGGUGAUUGUGAGGAGAAUUCCCAUUGGAGGAGUUAAAGCUACCAGCAAAACAUACGUUAUGACUCCUAAAUCGCACAAAAUCCUAGAAACUACUUUCAGAAGUCGAAGUGAGCCAGUGAGUGGAACAUCAAAAGCAAUUGAUGACUCUUCUGCAUCUAUUUCUCUGGCCCAGCUUACUAAGACUGCCAAUCUGGCUGAAGCCAAUGCUUCCGAGGAGGAUAAAAUAAAAGCUAUGAUGACACAGUCUGGCCAUGAAUAUGAUCCAGUCAAUUACAUGAAGAAACCCGUGGGGCCACCUCCACCCUCCUACACCUGUUUUCGCUGUGGCAAACCUGGGCACUACAUAAAGAACUGUCCAACGAAUGGGGACAAAAACUUCGAGUCUGUUCCCAGAAUUAAAAAAAGCACAGGAAUUCCAAGAAGUUUUAUGAUGGAGGUGAAGGACCCCAACACAAAGGGUGCCAUGCUGACCAACACUGGGAAAUAUGCAAUUCCAACCAUAGAUGCGGAAGCUUAUGCUAUAGGAAAGAAGGAGAAGCCUCCCUUCCUACCUGAGGAGCCAUCCUCCUCCUCAGAAGAAGAUGAUCCAAUUCCAGAUGAGCUGUUGUGUCUCAUUUGUAAGGAUAUAAUGACGGAUGCGGUUGUUAUUCCCUGCUGUGGAAACAGUUACUGUGAUGAAUGUAUUAGAACAGCACUGCUGGAGUCCGAGGAGCACACAUGCCCUACCUGCCAUCAGACAGAUGUUUCUCCUGAUGCUUUAAUCGCCAAUAAGUUUCUGCGCCAGGCCGUCAACAACUUCAAAAAUGAAACCGGUUACACGAAAAGGCUCCGUAAGAUUCAGCAGCAGCAGCAGCAGCAGCAGCUGCCGCCGCCACCGCCGCCGCCGCCGCCGCUGAUGCGGCAGACGAUCACGCGCACCCUGCAGCCGCUGAUGCGGCCGGCCAUGGCCCGGCAGCAGGACCCGCUGAUGAUCCCGCUGGCCUCCCUGGCCUCCCGCUCCGCCCUCUCCUCCCUGGGCCCCGGGCCGUCCAUGGCAGCUGGGCUGCCGGUCAACCCGUCCUCUGUGGUUGUCUCCGAUCUCCCUCCAGCAGUGUCCCUCUCUCUCCGUGGGGAAAAGCCAGAUGGACCUUUUCGUGAUGCCGAUGCUGUUUUGCCUCCUGCUCUGAUGACUGCUGCUGAGCUUUCCAAAUCUUCCCCUUUGUCAAUCAGCAGUUUGUUGGAAGAGAAGGGCUAUCAGGUUCCUGUGCUGAGACAACCAGCGAUACCAAGUCUUCUGGGCCCUCAAGGACAAUCAAUACCUACAACUGGUCAUCCAAUGAGAGCUGGUGCACUUCGCAGGCCAGGCUGGGAGCUUUCAAAUCGAGGACGCCCGCACAGUGACCGUGCCCAAAGGACUCAGGCCCCAUCACUGCCAGCAUCAGCACCAGUCUUUGUGCCUGUGCCUCCACCUCCCUUGUAUCCUCCACCACCCCAUGCUCUUCCUCUUCCUCCGGGGGUACCACCACCACAGUUUCCUCCUCAGUUUCCACCUGGGCAGCCUCCAUCCGCUGGGUACACUGUCCCCCCUCCCGGAUAUCCCCCAGCUCCUGCAAACAUGUCAUCAGCUUGGGUCCCAACAGCAGUGCCAGCGGCUCAUUCAAACACCAUCCCAACGACACAAGCACCUCCUCUCUCUAGGGAGGAGUUUUACAGAGAGCAACGGAGGCUUAAAGAGGAGGAAAAGAAAAAGUCCAAACUUGAUGAGUUUACAAAUGAUUUUGCUAAGGAAUUGAUGGAAUAUAAAAAGAUUCAAAAGGAGCGUAGGCGUUCGUUUUCCAGUCACUUGCCUUGGUUAGAGCUGGAGGGAUGUGCAGGACGUUUUUGGGACACCUGCCUGACAGUGUGGAUUCCACAGGCCUGUCUGUCCAAGUCUCCCUAUAGUGCUUCGUCUUACUCUAGAAGCUCGUACACCUACUCCAAGUCACGCUCAGGUUCGUCGCGCUCCCGCUCCUACUCGCGCUCCUUCAGCCGCUCCCAUUCCCGCUCCUACUCGCGGUCGCCGCCCUAUCAGAGACGAGGCAAAGGGAAGAGUCGGAACUACCGCUCCCGCUCCCGCUCCCACGGCUAUCACCGCUCCCGCUCCCGCUCGCCCCCGUACAGGCGCUACCACUCCCGCUCCAGGUCUCCGGUGUUCCGGGGCCAGUCCCCCACCAAACGGACGGUCCCGCAGAGCGAGGCCGAGCGCGAGUACUUCAACCGCUACCGAGAGGUGCCCCCGUACGACAUGAAGGCUUACUAUGGCCGCUCGGUGGACUUCAGAGACCCCUUUGAGAAGGAGAGAUACAGAGAGUGGGAGAGGAACUACAGAGAGUGGUACGAGAAGUUUUACAAGGGCUAUGCCGUGGGCGCUCAGCCACGGCCUCCGGUGAACAGAGAGAACUUCUCUCCAGAACGGUUUGGCCCACCUGGGACCAGACGAGAGAAUUCACCGUAUGCUCGGGGACGGAGGGAGGAGUAUCCUGCUGGGCAGAGCCACAGGAAUCGUAAUGUAGCUGGAAACUACCCUGAAAAGCCUGGCAGAGAGAGCCAUGGCGUCAAAGAUCCUACAAAAUCUAAAGAGAAGGAGGUGGAAAAUCCACUGGGAGAUGGCAAAGGCAAUAAACAUAAAAAACACCGGAAGAGAAGAAAAGGGGAUGAGAAUGAAGGAUUUCCCAAUGUUGAGCUGUUAGAAGGAGCAAGAAAACCAAGAGAGCCAGUUCCAACAGAAGAUGCUAAAACAGACUCUCUAUUCAUGCUGCCAAGCAGGGAUGAUGCCACCCCUGUAAGGGACGAGCCCAUGGAAGCGGAUUCCAUUGCUUUCAAGCCAGUGUCUGAAAAGGAGAAAAAAGAGAAGGAUAAGCCAAAAGCAAAGGUUGAGAAAACAAAGCGGAAAGUAGAAGUGGCGGCUGCUCCGAAGAAAGACAGCGUAGCAAAACCAGCUAAAGCUUCCCAGGAAAAGGUGGACCCCGAUCGUGAAAAAUCUCCUCGAGCGGAACCUCCUGUGAAAAAAGUCAAGGAAGAGCUGCCAAAGACAGACAGUGUUAAAACCUCUUCCUCUCAGAAGGAUGAGAAGGGUCUUGGUACACCACGAAAGGCUCAUCCCAAAGUGACAAAGGAUCACCCAGAAACCAGACCAGCCAAGGAGGAGAAGGCAAAGAAAGACCAUCCUAAAGAAGCCAAGGCAGAGAAGCCCUCCAGCAAGGAGGAGAAGUCAAAGAAGCCUGCUGAGAAAAGCAAACUUUCAGAUGCCAAACUUGAGAAAAGGAAAAGAAAAGCAGAGGAAAAGGCUGAUAAAGAACAUGAGGCCGCUUCUGCAAAGACCUACAAACCCGAAACUGCAGAAUCGAAAACAUCACCCAAGGGGAAGGCUGAGCCCGAGGGGGAGAAAGGAGAGCGGACCCCGGAAAAGGAUAAAGCUGCUUUUCUUAACAACCCAUCCAAAAAGAUUAAACUGAACCGAGAAACUGGAAAAAAGAUUGUGAGCGGAGAAAACGUGCCACCUGGAAAAGAAGCUGUGGAGAAACCUGAGCCCAGCAGCAGCAAAGUCAAAGCAGAAAAGACAAAGGGAAAAGCAAGGAGGAAAGUGACGGCAGCUGAUGGCGCUAGCUCGACUCUUGUGGAUUACACCAGCACGAGUUCCACUGGGGGAAGCCCUGUCAGGAAGCCUGAGGAGAAGCCAGACACCAAACGAACUGUCAUUAAGACCCUGGAGGAGUAUAACAACGACAUAACAGCCCCUGCUGAGGAUGUCAUUAUCAUGAUCCAGGUCCCUCAGUCCAAGUGGGAUAAAGAUGACUUUGAGUCUGAAGAGGAAGACAUCAAAUCCACCACCCAGGUGCCCCCAACUAUAGGAAAACCCGCCAGUGUUAUCAAACCUGUGAGUGCAAAGGCACCAAACCCCCUCAAACACACUGAAAAGGAGACAGAGCCUCUGGAGAAAAUACAGAAAGCUGCAAAAGAGGCAAGUUAUGAAAGCACCCAACACGAUGCCAAGAGUUCAAAAAGUUCCGUCUCGAGUGAAAAAGGUAAAACCAAAGACCGGGAUCAUUCUUUGUCAGACAAGGACAGCUCUGAGAAGAGGAAGAGCAGUGUUCAGCCAGAAAAAGAGCACUCAGAACGCACAGCUGAGCAAGGAAACGGAAAAACCGUAUCUCAGUCUACUAAAGAUGGCAGAUCUUCAGAGAAGCAUGACGGUGGCCGUGGCUCCGCCGCGAAGGACUUCACUCCCAACCGAGACAAGAAGUCCGACCACGAUGGCAGCAGGGAGCACUCGAGUUCCAAGCGCAGAGAUGAGAAGAGCGAAUCAGCGCGGAGGAAAGACUCCCCGUCCCGGAUCAGAGACUCCACAGCAGCGCAGAAGAGCAAACCAAGAGAGGAGCGCGUGGAGCCGCCCAAGAAGGGCCCUGCGGAGGCCAAGCGGAGCAGCUACAGCCCCCCGCGGGAGCGCAAGCCCGCCGAGCACAAAGCCGCGCACGACCCCAAGCGCCCCGCCGAGGAGCACAAACCCCCGGAUAAAAACCCGGGCAAGGACAAGGACAAAGAGAAGGAGAAGGAGAAGCACGUACCAGAAGUCAAGAGCAAUAAGGAGAAAGAGCCAGGUGGGAAUAAACCGCCAGUGAAACAGGACUCGCCAGAAGUUAAAGUGGAGAAGGAGAAGGAGAGCGUGGCGGCUCAGAGCGAUAAAGGCGCGGCGAAGCCCAAGCCGCCGGCGAGCAGCGCCGCGCGCCUCUCGUCCGACCUCACCCGCGAGACCGACGAGGCCGCCUUCGUGCCGGACUACAACGAGAGCGACAGCGAGAGCAACGUGUCUGCAAAGGACGAGGAGGCUGCGGGGAAAACGCCCAAAGAGGCGAAGGAAAAGGCUGUGGAGAAGGUGAAAGAGGAGGCGGCGGCCCCGGCUCCCGCCGAGCAGCCAGAGGCGGGCAGGAGCCAGAGCCAGAGCAGCCCCAGCGUCAGCCGCAGCCGCAGCCACAGCCCCUCCGAGAGCCAGACACGGAGCCACAGCAGCAGUGCCAGCUCAGGGGAGAGCCAGGACAGCAAGAAAAAGAAAAAGAAGAAAGAGAAGAAGAAGCACAAGAAACAUAAGAAACAUAAGAAGCAUAAGAAACACGUGGGAAAUGAAACGGAAUUGGAAAAGAGCCAAAAACACAAACACAAGAAGAAAAAAUCGAAGAAGAGCAAAGAUAAAGAGAAAGACGACCAAAAAGUGAAAUCUGUCACGACAUAAACCGACAGAUAAUGAAAAAAUGACUUAAUUACUAAGUCAUCUGUAUGAUCUUUGUUAAAAUGUAAACGACUUCAAGCGUUGUAAAUAAUGACAUGAAAGACCCUGUGCUGCACUUAAAAUAUUGCUGCUUGAUUAUUUGAUUUUUACAUCAGAGCUUUAUAAAAGUGAACAUUUUGUACAGAAUUGUGAGUUGUGACCAUGUAACAUGAAAGGUUUUGCUGGGGCAUCUUCUUUUUAACCACCGUUAAUUAUUUUGGGUGGAGUUUACUGUACUGUGAAGAUUUUCACAUUCGGGUUUUUUUUAAUUGCCUGGCAGAAGCAGCUGGUACCAGUUACCAAAUACCAGCGGAUAAAAUGCAGAAUACAUUACAGCCCUGUUAUGUCACUUUUUGAUUACAAUAAAAAAGUUUUCAGUAAA